GUAUUCUAUCAAGGUAAUUAUUUGUUGUACUGUCGUGGAGCAUUUUAUACAAGGUAAACAAUGUGUAUCAGUUGAAUAAGAACCGUGCAAUUUCGUCGGAAUUGUUUGAUGAAGUGCUGUAGUUUUAGCUGGUGUGGACAGUUGCGGUAACUUUGAUUAGUGAAGGAGUGUUCCGAUUUGUGAAGAUGACUGGAAAACUGUCUGAUACUAUCUACAUCGUUGUUAUAUCGCUGGCCUUAGCGUCUCUAUGUGAAAGUGCCCGGAAGUCACCAAGGAUAUACAACGUGCUGAUCAGUACAAAGAAGAAUCUAGCUCCUAGUCAAGCCUUACCGGUCUAUGAACCAGUACUUAGAACUACUUCCGUUGGAUUAGCCUUUUCACCUUUAAUUUACACACCCAUCAGUACCAUCCAGAGUUCCCCUACCAGAUACGUUCAUGAAGGUCCAGUGGUGCAGGAUAUAAUAGGCAAUCAAAAUCAGCCUUCAGAACAACCCAAACAAUCCUUUGCAGAAACGGAACAAAACAUUGAGGCAAGAUCAAAUCAACUGCAGCCAGCGUCAACGGGUGGCAUUAAGAAUUUGCCUCAGAAUGUGGUACCCCUGCAACAGUAUAUCCCGUAUUACACUUCACCUCAGUUGACUUAUGAACCCUACUAUCCGAAGCCAGAGCAGAAAGUACAAGAAAACAUACCAACGAAAGCGCUGGAAGAGUAUUUAGAGAAUGUUAACGACCCUAAACAAAUAAUCGCCAAUUUAAAGAAGAACUCCGAUAUUCCAGAUGUACCCCCACCACCUUUACCUGUUAGGAAUUUAUAAUAGUUAUAAAUAAAUUUACAAAAAGUU